ACUUCUCUCUAAUAUAUUAUAUAAAACCCCAUCAAAACGUCAGCGAAGUGCUGGUGGGUUUCUUUGCUUUACCUGCUGCUGGGAAUACUUUUUUACAAAAUAUUUACGAAUGUUCUUCGACCAAGAUGAAGACGAGCAAGAUUUUAUGUCCCCCUCGGCAGGAUCUAAGUUGGCUAACUUAUUUAACAUUGAUAAACAGUCGAAUAAGGGCGGAAAUGAAAGCCUCACUUACACAGCCCCUAAACAGCCCAAAAAAGAAAGUCCAUCUACUGCUUCAGAAAGUACUCCUGCAUUGACGAUGGCCUGUGCAGUUCAAGCUUUCAAAUAUGUUGGAAAUGAACAUAAAAGUCAAGGUAAAUUGGGAGCUGCAAUUCUGUCGAAUGAUUCCAAUAAAGAGUAUCGAAUACUUCUUUAUGUCACCAAAGAAAAGCAAGUGACCAAUGUAACAAUUACCAAGUCCUUUACUUUCACUAUGCAACCAAAUAACUAUGCUAUGUUCUAUGAUGCAGCGAAACAAGGUUGGUCAAUUUUGUUCGAAUCUGAACAAGUUGCUCAUAAAUUCGCGAAAGAAAUUGCCAUUGCCAAAUCAAAAUCAUGUGAUGGUGCCUUAGAUACUGUAAUUAUCCAGGAUUUGGUUCAUGGAGAAGGCAAUCCAUUAGAGACUGGUGACUCUGCAGAAGUGAAAUAUACUGGAUGGUUACUUACUAAUAAAAAACUUGGACAGGUGUUUGAUUCCAAUGUCAAUACAGAUAAACAAUUUCGGUUCAAAGUUGGCAAAGGAAAAGUUAUUAAGGGUUGGGACAUAGGUGUUGUUGGGAUGAAGAAAGGUGGGCAUCGUGUUUUGGUCGUACCACCAAACCUUGCGUAUGGUGAAUCAGCCAUGGGUAUCCAAGUACCACCUAAUUCUUCGUUAGUGUUCCAAAUUGAAGUAACUCGGGUAAAAUUAUCUAAAAGUGAAGAGACAUCAGAGCCAAGUGUUGCUUCUGACUCUGUUAUGCAAUCUCCAUCUGAAACUGGGAACUUUGAUUCAGAUGGAGCUCCAACUGAAGAGACUGUUAAAAGCAGAUCUCGAUCUAUUAAUGAACAGUUGGCACAGUCUCCUAAAAGUGAUAAAGCCCGACUAAUAUCUCGAAUGGCACGGAUGGGGCAACCUAUGUUGCCUGUAGCCGGAGUUUCGGUUUCUUUAGCAAGUGGUGACAGUGAAACUGAAGAUACACUGUCUACAACUUCUGAGGCUAAUCUUAUGAGAAAACCUGAUCUGCCCCAAAAACCAAGCCCUGUCUCUUCCAGUCUUCCACAGAGUCAGCCCAAGAUUACUAAUGAUAUUCCUCUUGCUUCAUCCGUCUACUCACAAGCUGCAUCUCACCAAAUGGCUGUUUACCAAAAUCCACUCGCUCAUCAACAGCCGCAACCACAGUUACCUAUGGCAACAGGAAUGUACCAACAGGUGCCUUCUAAUCAACCAUUGGGAGCCUUCCAACCAAACCCUUCUCAACCUGUACAUAAUCAACUCUAUCCUCAACAUUCCUACCCGGUACCUGUCAGUUCUGCCGACAUCCAUGUGCCAGUUAUCCUUUCUGAAUCUAGACAGCAUAGUACUGAAAUGCGUUUAGCUGUGGGUAAAAUAACCGAUAAAGUUGACCAGGUAUUACACAAAUUGGAUCACUCUGCACAAAACAGCUUCCUUAAUCCAGCUCCAUCACUAGAAACAUCUGUUUUAAUGCAGAACAUUCAACGAAUUGUUCAGGAAAAUGAAAGACUCAAGAAAGAGGCUAUGGAAAAAGCAAGUAAAGUGGAGUCUCAAAACCUAAAAAUAUCGGAACUUCUUCAGCAGAAUCAAAAGUUUGUGGAACAGAGUAAUAGUUUACUUGAACAGAGGAAUGACAGCUACAAGGACUCAGCAGAACGAUCGCAAGCUCAAGUCUUGAAACUGGAGAAAGAGAAAGCUAAGAUGGCAUCAGAACUGGGUUCUGCGACCUCUAUGGUGAGUAACCUGCAGCUGGAAGUAUCAGCCAUUCGUAAACAAGAAACUGAGUUAAGACAGAAGUUAAAUUCUACAAUGACAGACAAAAGUGCUACCAAGGAGCAAAUAGAAACCUUAAAUAAACAAGUUGAAGAGAAUCUAGAACAGUUAACAGAGAUGACAAAUUCAUACAAAGAAGAACGUCAGCAACGGAAGACACUCACCAACAAAAUGAAUCAGCUAAAUGAAGAAAUUUCAGACUUGAAGUCAUCUUGCGAAUCUUUAGAAAAGAAUGUCACGGAUCGCAAAAAGAAAGCUCUUGAUGAGAGACGACGACACGAAGAGGAAAUAGAUGAACUAAAGUUACAGUUUGAGACAGAUUUAGAAACCUACCGCAAAAAACUCCGUGCCCAGAAAGCUUCUGCAGUUUCUAGUGAACAGACAUUACAGAUUGAAGAAGAACUAAAGAGAGAAUACGAAGAGAAAGCCAAACUAACUCAACAAUUAGCUGAGGAGAAACAUAAAAGAGCGCUCGAGGCUUUAGCAGAGGAAAAAUCUGGACUUGAACAAAAUCAGAAAGAACUUGAAGAUAAAAUUGCAAACCAAAAAGCUGUUGCAGCUGAGAGAGAAAAUACCUUAACAAAAUUAAAUGAGCAACUUGAACAACUUCUUGGUUGGAAAGAAAAGUAUGAGAAACUUCGUUCACAGGCAUCUUCUAUGAAGACAAAAUAUGAAGAAAGAAUUCAAGAACUUCAAGAGGAAGCUGAACAAUAUCAAGAUCAAAUAAACAAUGCUAAAACAGCCAAUAAUGCAAAUACAGAUGUUUUUACUGAGGUGAAAAAGGUAAUGAAUGGUGUUUAUCAGAGUGCACGGUCUGAACUAAAGGCUGAGGGAAGUUACAAAGGUUCAGAGGUCUUGUCUGUUUUACUUCAUAUUAUUAAGUCAACGACUCUAAAUUUAGUAACUCAACCAGAACCACCUACAGAUAACAUGAACGAAGAGGCUGAUGAAGGAUCUCAAGAGAUGACGGUAGCUGAACAACAAGAUGAGAAUGACAACAAUGUUGAAAUUUCAGAAAGUGAGGAGGACCAAGACCAGGUUCAGACUCCAGAAAACAUUUCAAAUAAGAAAAAAAGUCAAGUAGCUCUUGAGGACACAAGUGAACAGGAUUCUUAUGCAGAUUCUAAUAUUGACAACAAUAACUUGAAGGAUAAUCAAAGAAAAUCCUCUACGGUCGAUAAUGAAAAGAUGAGCAAUGGUGUCAGUAAUCAGGAAUUAACUAAAAAAUCAGAACCGGAUGACAACGAAGAAGUCGAUGUUAACAGCAAUAUUUCAACGGAAAAGCACGAACAAUCAGAUGAAGAGAAAAUGAUUAAAAGUGAUGAUAAAACAGAUCACAUAGAAAGCAACAAGAAACAAGAUGUGAAAAUUGUUGAUGGCCCUUCAGGUUACAAUGAUGGAGUAGCUCCAGUUAUCACACUUACAACGAAUACCAGUGAAGAGUUUUCAACAGAAGACUCCUCCAGUACCACUUCUGCAAACAAGAGGUCCAGCAACUCUAGUUUAAAAACAACAGAUUCUAUGGAAGACAUAAGGCCACAAGGACCUCCUCCUUUAUUCGGCUCUGAUGAUGAUGAUGACGAUUAUAAUCGGGACCUGUUUGAUUAACUUUCUGAUCAUUGUUACAGCAAUACAAUAGUGAUAUCUUUUUAACAUAUAUAUAUAUAUAAAUUUUAUGAUUUGAUAUCUAAUAUUACCAUUAAAGUAUUUCUUAUCAAAGUU